AUGAUGGAGCUGGUUAUUGCCGUGUGUGGAGGCGAUAAAGUUGGGAAAAGUUCUAUUAUUAAAUCAUUUUUUGGCCAAGAUUAUAUGCCUGAUCAUGCUGUUCAGUACAAGUAUAUUGGUUCAAAAGAUUUAGUGCACAUUUAUGUAGAAAAGUUCAGAUCAUCCUUAUCAAAUCCAGAUGGGUGUAUUUUUGUCUAUGAUAUAACAUCCUUGGAUUCCUUCAGCACUAUGUGUGACAAAUAUAGGGACGUUGGUAGAAUGUUCAGGCAGAAUAAAAUUGUUUUUGGCAACAAAACUGAUCUAGACAUCACACGACGUAUAAGCCAAAUUGAAGUUGAUGAUUGGACCCGGGAGAAGGGACUUAAACAUUUGGUGGGCAAUUCUUAUGAGAAGUCCACAAUUGAUGAAGCUUUUUAUCGACUAAUUCAGGAUAUUAUACUAGGUACAGGAGAUCAGUACCUCGCUGAUAGAUUCAGAAACUUUGUAACGAGAACCAGGUGUUGA